CGUGCACUAACUUUAAGCAGUUUUCGUGCGAUAAGUUUGCAUGUGGCAUUUUGAGUAUUUUUCACUUGGUGUCUCGUUUUCUAUACCAUAUGUCGACUUCAAUGUCGAGCACUAACGGUUACCAGGAAAAUGACGAUCUACCAAACGGAACCUCCAUUAAUGGGCUGAUAACUGACCUACCAAUUCCAGACUCCGGUGAUCCAGAGUUAUUUGAUCCCGAUUGUGAUCCAUCCCACCCGGUUCGCAUUAACUAUCAGGAUGUAGCAGCAGCUCACUACAGAAUUCACCGGGGAAUCGAAUGUACCCCAUGCAAAAACUCCAAGCUGUCAAAGGCGAUCGAUGUCCAUUUAUAUUUGAAAAUGGAUUUUCUCCAGGUCACAGGAAGCUUUAAAGAACGUGGGGCACGAAACUAUCUUUCAUUGAUUCCACAGACGGGUAGAAAACGCGGUGUUAUCACUUCGAGUGCCGGUAAUCACGCUCAGGCACUCGGAUACCACGGAAGGGAACUCGGUAUACCAGUGACUGUGGUCAUGCCAACACGUGCCCCCAUGAUGAAAGUGGAAAACUGCGUCGCACUUGGAGCGAAUGUGAUUUUAAAAGGAAUCGACAUGAGUGAGGCGAAACCAUACGCCAUGAAGGUUGGCAAGGUGAAUAACAUUCCCUAUUGUGACGGAUACGAUCAUCCUGCAAUCAUAGCUGGCCAAGGAACGGUUGCUCUGGAGAUAUUGGAGCAGGUGCCAAAUGUUGAUGCUAUCAUUGUGCCCGUUGGCGGUGGUGGAUUGAUUGCUGGUGUAGCUGCUGCAGUCAAAGAGCUCAGGCCCGAGGUUAAGGGUGUUGAACCUGACCGAAGUGCCGCUUUCUCCGCCUCCCUGAAAUGUGGGAAACCGUUUUACGUCCCUUCUGAACAAACCAUAGCUGACGGCCUUGCUGUUUCAGCAGUCGGGGUGAACGCAUUGCAUACCUGUUUGGGUCUGAUAGACAAAAUGAUCCAGGUGGAUGAAGCCAGCAUCCAUCGAGCAAUUGUUCGACUGUUGGAGGUGGAAAAGUUCGUCGUUGAAGGAGGCGGAGCGGCAUCAGUGGCUGUGUUUAUGGCUGAUCUCGUGCCAGAGUUAAAGGGGAAAAGGGUUGUGUCAAUUCUCACUGGUGGAAAUAUUGAUACCACAAUUCUUGGACGAGUACUUGAACGUGGGUUGGCCUUCGAGGGCCGCAUGUGCAGAUUCACAGUCCUGGUAUCCGACAGACCAGGAGGCAUUGCUGAAUUGUGCGGCUUAUUGGGAGGUCUCGGGGUCAGUAUCAAGGAUAUUUUUCAUGAACGUGCAUGGAUUCACUCCAGCGUAUACAACGUGCAAGUGAAACUGGUAUGCGAGACGCGAGACGCAAACCACGCGGCCGAAUUGGAACGAGUGCUCAGGCAGCACUACGAUCAUGUGGUUUGGGGAGCCAGUGCGGUUUGACAAGACUAGCGGACUGAAACCUAUCCGCGUUGCUCAUAUUUUCAUUCCCUUUUGAUUAUCUGCUGAAAAUUGUACUUUGCAAUCACUCCAUUCUGAAUUACCACCCUGAGGCCCUGCGGUAUACCCCACUGUCUUCCAAUUUGAUCUAAUUCUUUUUAUGGUCCAUGAUCAGAUGUACCUAAUAAUUGGCAUUUCAUUCC